CUCUCUUGCGCAGCUUCCUAGCCAGCUACUCCAAUUAUUUGUGUCCCUUAUUCGUAAAUAAAAAUAAAUAAAUACCUCUUCUCACCCCUCUCUCUCUCUCUCUCUCUUCCAUGGCCACCACCCACACUGUUCCUCUCCAACACCACUCACGCAUGCACUACCCCUCCACUGAUGAAGAAGACCAAGACGACGACGACGAAGACACCGACCUCGAAGACCACAACAAUGUUACCAUCGACAACCAAAUACCAGAACUCAAAAGCGGGUUUUCGGGUCGGGUAUUGGUGGAGCCGAGAGCCAAAUGGGUUGAAGAAUGGAACAGGGUGUUCCUGCUAGUGUGCGCGACGGGGUUGUUCGUGGACCCCUUAUUCUUCUACGCUCUCUCUAUAAGCGACACGUGUAUGUGCCUCUUCGUUGACGGGUGGCUGGUGAUCACCGUGACGGUGCUCCGCUGCAUGACGGACGCGUUGCACAUUUGGAACAUGUGGUUGCAGUUGAAGAUGGCCAAGCGUUCUUCCAUUCCCAUACGAGACACCACCAAACUCAUCGCCAACCGGCUCUUCUUCUUUGACCUCUUUGUCAUUCUCCCUAUUCCCCAGAUUGUGCUAUGGAUAGCAAUUCCGUCUCUGUUGGAGAAAGGAUCAAUUACGUUGGUGAUGACAGUUUUCUUAAUCAUGUUCCUCUUUCAAUACCUUCCCAAAAUUUAUCACUCAGUUUGUCUCUUGCGUCGCAUUCAAAACCUCUCUGGCUACAUUUUUGGGACCGUUUGGUGGAGUAUCGCCCUCAACAUGAUCGCGUAUUUUGUAGCUUCCCAUGCAGCAGGAGCAUGUUGGUAUUUGCUGGGGAUCCAGAGGGCAGCCAAGUGUCUCCAAGAGCAAUGUGCAAAAACAAGUGGUUGUGGCUUGAGAACACUGUGUUGUAAAGAACCUAUAUACUAUGGAAGCACAAGCAUUGUGAGAGAGAAAUCCAGGUUGGUAUGGGCAGAGAACAGUGAAGCAAGGUCUACUUGUUUAGCUAGCCCUGACAACUAUGACUAUGGUGUUUAUAAAUGGACUGUUCAACUCGUAACGAAUGAUAGCCGUUUGGAGAAAAUACUUUUCCCCAUCUUCUGGGGCCUAAUGACUCUCAGUACUUUUGGGAACCUAGAGAGCACAACGGAACGGAUUGAAGUGGUUUUCAACAUUAUUGUAUUGACUAGUGGCCUCAUUCUAGUCACGAUGCUGAUUGGAAACAUCAAGGUAUUUUUGCAUGCCACAACAUCAAAGAAGCAAGCAAUGCAAUUGAAGAUGAGGAACAUUGAAUGGUGGAUGAGUAAAAGGCGCUUGCCACAUGGGUUUCGGCAACGUGUGCGUAACUACGAGCGGCAACGUUGGGCUGCUAUGCGUGGGGUUGAUGAAUGCCAAAUGAUAAAAAAUCUCCCAGAGGGUCUAAGAAGGGACAUCAAGUACCAUCUUUGUUUGGAUUUAGUGAGACAGGUGCCACUAUUUCAGCACAUGGAUGAUUUGGUGCUAGAGAACAUUUGUGACCGUGUGAAGUCCCUUGUAUUCACAAAGGGAGAAACAAUAACUAGAGAGGGAGACCCAGUUCAAAGAAUGUUAUUUGUGGUGAGGGGUCACCUUCAGAGCAGCCAAGUCCUACGAGAUGGGGUGAAAAGUUGCUGCAUGUUAGGCCCAGGGAACUUCAGUGGGGAUGAGCUACUUUCAUGGUGUCUAAGGAGGCCCUUUAUAGAGCGUCUUCCACCAUCAUCAUGCACUUUGGUCACACUUGAAACCACUGAGGCAUUUGGGCUUGAAGCUAAGGAUGUGAAGUAUGUGACACAACAUUUUAGGUACACAUUUGUAAAGGAAAAGGUUAAGAGAAGCGCUAGGUAUUACUCACCUGGCUGGAGAACUUGGGCUGCUGUGGCCAUUCAGUUGGCUUGGAGAAGGUAUAAGCAUCGUUUGAAUUUGAAUUCUUUGUCCUUUAUAAGGCCUCGAAGGCCUGCUUCAAGGUGCACUUCCAUGGAAGAGGAUAGGCUUCGUCUCUAUACGGCUUUGUUAACCUCACCAAAGCCUAAUCAGGAUGACUUUGACUUUUGAUAACAUUAUGUAUAUGCAUGUGGAUUUUGUUUACCCUAAAUCAAAGGCUAAUUUAUAAUCUAUGUAUGUAUGCUGUUUAUGCCAA